ACUUGCACCUAAGACAUAACGUACUAAGCACUUGAAGCUUGCAGACUUUUGUGUUGACAGCUAGUAGUAGUAAGUAACAACAACACAUGGAUUAAUACAACAUCGGAGCAUGCCACGAUUGCGAGGCAGCUGCAUGCUCGGCGGCGCUGAUCGAAGCUUGUCAUGGUGGAGCCACACGGGAUAGAGUUCUUUGAAACCGUCGAACUCGGAAUUUGAGUACCACAGUUUACUCCAUUUGCUCCACUCCUGUUGUCCCACCUAUAUAUCAUCAUCUGGACCAAGCUGACGUAUUUGACACUUACUGGAUACUGUCGCCAUCAUGGCCGACAUUCAGAACAGGCCCUUUUCAAAGGAUUACAGUGGCCUCGUCAAUCAGUCGGUCAUAGCAAUUGCAUUGGCCGUGGUGUCUGUGACGUCGCACGAGAUCAUGAAGAGAAGGAGACGCGGACUUCACACCCAAUCUGGGGGGCUUGGAAGUGUCGAAUCUUGGGAGUUUGGCUACUUGUAUCAGGGUCGUUCGUGGGCGCGGAAUCCUUCCCCUCCGACGCCGAAAGGCUGGCCAUUAUCCUGGGUCAAGGACAGCAUCAUAUUUCCCCAAGCGAAGCUUAACGAGCUUAGAGGAGUCGAUGCAACGUUGUAUGUGCGUUUCCUGCGCGGGACCCUAUUCUUUGUCCUCGUCCACACAUUUACGACCACUCCUAUCCUCCUUCCAAUACAUGUGCACUUUUCUUCGGAUGGCGUUUCACCGCAGUCAAUGACAAGAGCAUCAAUUUCUUCACUCGUAGAAACUCAGCAAGGUCGCUCCCUACUUUGGAUUCAUAUUUGCCUCCUCUUUUGGAUCACGCUUACAUGGAUGUGCAAUCUCUUCUACAUUUGCAAUGGAGCGUUCAGGUUACGAGCAGCGAAAAUAGAAAGUGCCAUACGCAGUGUGGAGUCCGAUACCACGCUCGAGAGGGAGGCACAGUACCACCCUCAUCCUCACCCACAAUACCCCUUCCAGGAUAUUCAAUCCCUUGACACCGACCACUCCAACCGUGGUUUGCGUCUGCGUACCGUGAUGGUGACCAAUGUUCCAUUGCAGCUUCGCUCAGAAAAGGAGCUUAAGGAGUACUUUGAGUACUACCUAUCGCGGUCUCUCGACAAACCUUCCGUUGGCUUGCCAGCAUCGACUCAACCCGGUCUAUUGAACAAAUUAUUCGCCUUUGGUUUCAAUCGAGCAAGGCGCAUUCCGCAGAACAUAGGUAUGUCUGCACGUGAAACUGUGAAUGGGAGCCAGGAAGGAAGCGAUGGAGCUCCACUUGGACAAAUUCUCAGCCUAAACCUGGAAAAUGUGCCACCCAUCGACCGAGUUGUCAUUGCACGACGAAUGACGGAACUGGCGUCGUUGCUGGAACGGCGCGAGGAGAUCCUCCGUCGUUUAGAGGGUGCGCAUAUCAGAUUGGCGAAGAAGGCACUCUUAGCGGUAUACAGCGUAGAACAUAGACGCGAUUCAAGGGGGAAUACCACCGUGCCCGGGCGCGCUAGGACUUCUGAUGUAGAAAACGAGCGUAAUCAAAGUCACAUCGGACACCAGAACAAUGAUACAGACUUACUCGUUCGGACUCUCUCACCGUUUGUGGUUGAUUAUGAGUUGACCGGCAAGUUUGCGCUCCCAAAGCGCAAGCUCAUUUUGAAGACGGAGGUGGAUCCGGCGACGGACAGCAUUGACUCACACAAGACGAUAUGGGAUGCACUUCUCAGUUUGCCACGAAACAUAUUGGACCCAUACCAGCCGUUAAUCCACCUUUCUGUCUUUUUCCGUGGGAAGACCGUGCCUAGCAUUGAUUAUUACGCUGCCAAACUCAACCUCCUUACAUCGUUGAUAACGCAGAAUCGAGCGCGGGCUGCUACGGAAUACGACGCUGUGUCAACAGCGUUCGUAACCUUCAAAGAUCCGGCAGAUGCAAUAAGGGCAUGCAAGUACUUAGCAGUGCAUCCCAAUAACCCACUCGCAUGCCUUGUAACGAUGGCCCCGCAGUAUGAAGACAUCGAUUGGACGAGGGUUAUGAGGUCAACUUACCAAGUGGACAUUCUCAAAGAUUGGGUAGUAAAUAUUGGGGUUUGGGGAUUCACGAUAUUCUGGGUUUUUCCAGUAUCACUAUUCGUUGGUCUCGUUUCUAUUCAAAGCAUUUCGACGUUGUGGCCGAGUCUGUACAAUUAUCUAUCCAGUCACCCUUGGGAGGAAGAGGUCAUUCAAUCAUUCCUCCCGACUGUCCUUAUAUCACUACUCACGAUUCUCAUUCCGCCCAUUCUUCUACUCAUUUCGAAGAAAGCGCAUACAAUCAUCACUCUUUCCGUAAUGCACGACACGAUCACGACCCGUUACUAUAAAUUCCUAAUUGUCAAUGUCUUGGUAUUUUUCUGCGUGGGAACCGCUGCACUCCAGUCUUUCCUUACUUCAUUCAGGACCGUUUCCGGGAGUGGUAUAAUAAAUACUGUCGCUAGUAGUUUCCCGACGGCCGGACCGUUCUAUGUUGGAUGGCUGAUCUUUACCACCGCAAUUCAUGGAGGCUUUGAGCUUGUAUUGUUUGGUUUGCCUUUGUUCACUCAUCCCUCCACCAAGCGACAUGUGACUCCGAGGAAAAGAGCUACUGGUAUUCGCCCACGAACAUUUAAUUUCUAUUACUGGCUACCAAACCAUCUCCUGGUCAUUCACGUGUUACUCCUCUUCGCUCUGCUUAACCCACUUGUCAUACCCUUCGGGUUGGUCUACUUCUCGGUCGAGACUGCUGUUGUAAAAAAUCAGUUGCUACAUGUUUAUGCGAAGAAUUACGAAUGCAAUGGUCGAAUACUGUUGAUCCGUAUCCUUCGUUAUUCAUUGGAUGGAUUGAUGCUAUCUCAAUUUGUAUUCCUGGCGUACAUGGCUGUGCUGCGGAUAACUGUCAAUGUAGCGCUAUCGGGUUUCUUAUUCGUCUUUACUGCGAUAGUCAAGGUGAUCAUAACCCGAAUGUGCCGCGCCAAAUUCGAGCUAGAUGAUACUGAGGAGGCGCAGGCAGUCUGCAGGACGGGCACGGGAGAAUCUGAAGACAGCCCUGAAAGCCAGAUUAUCCCGUCAGACCAUCCUGGCAGUGCUAAAAACGUAGCAGUCAGCGCUGAGGAUCACCCUUCGAGAUUCCAGAUCUGGCGCUUACCGGCCUGGGUGAAUUUUUCUUAUUCAACCGUUCCUCGAAGACUUCGACCGCACGAGCGGCGUAAGCCGAAUCUGUCCGGCCUUCACGCCCGUUCGUUCUCGAGGCUACAUUCAGUAGAUGAGAAAGGGAAAACGCCAUCGACCUCGGCCCAAGGAGAACCAUCCGCUGCCAUUCUGGAUAGGGCGGUUGAAUCCCCAUCUGCUGAACGGCAACACCAGCCUCCAGCGCGCAUCUCGACUUCCCUCGUACAGCGACAUCCACCUCUUGCAGCGUGGGAUGAUGAACCCCGCCAUGACAUCCCUUAUGAUAACCCUUACUACACACGACCUAUCACUAAUGCCCUAUGGCUCCCAACAAAUCCGCUAGGUCUUCUAGACCUCAAUGACACUGUUGAUGUUUACCAAGCUUUAACAAGUGAGCCCGGCACUGGUGAUAUGGAUCACUGGUUUGGUCCUGGCUCUUCCGCAUCCCCCGUGUUUCAGCCCCCCAGCUCAGUGCCCGGCGAUGAACAACCGUCCAUCCUUGUAACUAGGCAAUACAGUGGCAGUGAAGAUAUCGAUCUUCCUGAAGGCAUCAAGUCCCGCGUUGUCACUAUUGAUCAAGAGGUUGAUGUAGAGUCCACAAGACCACACCGUCCAUCCUUGUUCUCUCGACAUCGCUCAGGUAGUAAUGUCAGCAUGAAAAGUGGCGACCGCGCAUCUCGAGGUCUUCCAAGUCGAUCGCAGAUCAUGGACGGCAGUCGCCCCGAGUUCUCUCGCAAGUCAUCCUCCGACCACGCACCAAGGUCCUUUCGUGAAAGGGUAUCUUCAUACCUUCCGCCACCUAACCUUCACAUUCAAUCUCAGUUUCGUGGCCUUGACCCUGAGUCUCGGCCAGAUCUAUACGCACAGGCUGAAUUUGCGCGUUCUACGGCAUCGAUUUUAAGGUUUGGUGGCUCGCGGGUGUCGUUGUCACACCCCAUCAAUGUGACUUCUCAAGAAGCCGCAGCGACACCUCGAGAAGCUGUCGUGACAACCCGGGAAGCUGUCGUGACUGAAGCAAUCGCAGAAGAACAUUUGGCGAUGGAGGAACGGUUGAGAAAGGAGCAUGCGGCUGCUAGGUCAAAUCAUGGGUGGACGAGACGGUCUUGGUUUACAUCUUGGAUUUAUGCUGAGGUUCAGUGACAAACUGAGUGGGGCUGAUUGUUAUUUCGAAAUACCUUCUGUGGAAUCGACAUAUUA